CCAACAGUUUGAAAACUGAACGGAACUUCUGUGCGCUGCAGAGAAGGUUCAACAAAACAACAUCUCCGCAGAAAAACAGACUUCUAAUCUAUGUGCUUACAAUAACUGCACUUUUGGACAUGGCUACGAGUCCUGUGAGCCCUGUGAUUGAAGACCACCUGCUGUGCCCUAUCUGCUUAGAGGUGUUUAAGGACCCCAUCUCUACUCCAUGCGGCCAUAACUUUUGUAAAAACUGCAUCUCCAAACACUGGGACAACAACGAUUUGUCAUGUCCUUUGUGUAAAAAGGAAUUCAGCUCUAGGCCUGUCCUUCAUGUUAACACUUUCAUUUCAGAAAUCUGCUCCAAGUUUAUGAACCCGACCAUGGAUGAAAAUGUGGAACUAUAUUUGGCAGGGGAAAAAGGAGACAUCAUGUGUGAUAUUUGCACUGGACGUAAACAAACUGCUGUAAAAUCCUGCCCGGUAUGUCUCUUUUCUUAUUGCCAGAAUCACUUAGAACCUCAUUUGACCGUCCCCCGCCUUCAAAAACACCAACUUAUGGAGCCAGUGGAGAACUUAGAAGAAAGGAUGUGCUCAGAACAUGAUAAACCCUUGGAGCUGUACUGUCUCCAAGAUCAAGUCUGUGUCUGUAUGGUGUGCACUGUUCUCGGCCAUAAGAACCACAAUAUAGUCCCUUUAAAGGAGGAGUUUGAAAACCAGCAAGUCUCACUGAAGCAAAGCAUAUCUGAGAACUGCCGUUUAAUUGAAGAGAGGCAAGAGAAAGUUCAGAAGGUUAGACAACGUGUGGAGCUGAGUCGCAGUUGUGCACAAAGAGAAAUCAACAGUGGUAUGGUGUUCUUUGAUGCUGUCUUGGAGCUUGUUCAGAAAAGCAUGGCAGAGUUUCAAAAUGAGAUCCUGACAAAGCAGAGGGCGAACGAGAAGGAAGCGGAUGCACUAAUUUCAGAGCUGGAAAGCGAGAUUUGUCAACUGGGGCACAGAGACAUUAAAAUGGGAAAACUGGCAUCCUCCAAUGACUAUCUACAUGCUAUACAAAGCUUCAAGUCGCUUCAAAUUACCCCAGAUGUAAAGGACUGGAGCCAGGUGAAGUUUGCGCCCACUUUGUUUGAAUGUACUGUGAAAAAAGCUGUGACUAAGCUGGAGCAUUCCUUCAUGGAGAAGAAGAAACUGCUGACUCCACAGGCUGAGCUGAAGAGGCUGCAGCAGUACGCCGUAGAUGUGACCUUUGACCCGGACACCGCUAGUCCGUGGCUAACCCUAUCUGAAGAUCGCAAGCAAGCUUUUGACCGAGGAAAGAAGACUGCCGUUUCGUACAACCCAGAAAGGUUUUCAGAUUUCUUGUGUGUUCUUGGCAAACAGGGGUUCACUACUGGCAGGUUUUACUAUGAAGUUCUGGUGAAAGGAAAUGCAAACUGGGAUGUAGGUGUAGUUAAAGAAUCGAUUGAUAAAAAGAACAAAAACUUCUUGUGUUCAGAGAAUGGAACUUGGGCGCUUAUGUUCAGAAGAGGGGAUACGUACACGGCCAGUGCUAGUCCCAGGGUUGAUCUGGUGGUGAAAUCGCGUCUUCAAAGACUCGGAGUGUUUGUUGACUACGAGAUGGGUCUGGUUUCGUUUUACGACGUGGAAACUGCAGCUCAUCUUUACUCCUUCACCAACUGCAAAUUUUCUGGGAAACUCUAUCCCUUUUUCAGUCCUGGGAACAGUGUAAAUGGGAUUCCCUCGGCUCCUCUGAUCAUCAAACCUGUUAAAAAAGUGUUUUAAUUUGCUCUUUUUUUAAUGCAUGAUUUUGUGGUUGAAAAAAAAAUUACCAGUUGAUUUCUUGUUGCUGCACUUUUGAUUUUAGUGUAAAAAAUGCCAAAAUUCAUACUAAUAUACUGUUUAAAGCUGUGAAGGAUAAAUUGUACAUGUUGAAAGAUGACUUUGUUAUAUUCAAUUUCCAUAAUGCGUUCAGACACUGAUUCAGUUCAGAUACAGCUAAUGAAAAGACUAUAAUCUUUUUCAAUAUUCUGUCUAAAGAAUUCAAAUGUUCUCUUUUUACCUGAUUUAUAAUUGAAAAACAACGUUAUGUUUUGUUCUGCGUUAUUGUCAGUACCUCCAUACCUUGUUUUGUUUGGGUUUUUUUUAAAUUUUUUAGAUAAAUUUGAUACUGUACCUAUAAAUGGCGUACUGAUUUUCAUUCCCACUUGAUUUAUGGCUCUGUAUGAUUCAAAAUGUUCUCUACCAUUCCUCUCAUUAAUUGACCUAAUCAAUAUAUUGGUAGUUUUCAGAUAACAGAUUCACCUAACCAUAGCAUGGUUAGUUGCUUUACAUUUGUGAUGCUGCAGGACACAGGAGGAACACUUUUGGCAAGACAACUCAACAAAAAUAUACUCUAACAUAUUUCUGGUAAAGAUUCAUGUAUAUGGACCAAA